AUGUUCCUCUCAAAAGCCCUCAUCCUGGGCGCGUCGCUCUACUCGUGCGCUUUGGCACAAACAAAGAUUGCUUUCACCCACGUACCUGCUGUCGUCGUUGCGGGAGAGUCAUACAACAUUACAUGGGGAGGAGGUGAUGGUACAUCAGUGACAAUCACGCUACGUGAAGGAGAUCCAAAUGAGCUGAAAACGAUUGAUACCCUGGCCGACAGCGUUUCCGACAAUUUCUUCCUAUGGACUGUCUCGAAAGAUCUCAAGACUGCCUCUGACUAUGCGCUCCAAAUUACCCAAGGCCAGAACGAUAUCAACUACAGCGGGCAAUUCUCUCUCACAGGUGGAACUGGCUCAUCGACAAUUUCGGCCUCUGGGACCACCACGGCAACAGCAUCACAUAAUUCCACUGCUGGAAUCACGAGCACGAGCACCACUGGCACUGCCUCACUAGGAACAGGGUCUGCCAUUCCACGAAACACUACAUUCAGCUCUGCCACCAUGUCCCGGACCACCACAAGCCUGCCAUCCACGAUCACCGAAACCUCAUCUGAAUCUGCCACAUUCGGUGACGUGACUUCGACAUCCGCUGCUCCAACGCCCACAGCUGCGGCGACUACAAGUGCCCCCAACUCGAAUUCUGCUAGAGUGGCUCAGCUCGGUAGCUCGGCUGCAUUGGUCAUGGGCAUUUUUGCUGCCGUGUUAUGCUUGAGUUGA